AUGACAAAGCAAGUAAGUCACCGACCACUCUUUUCAUUACAUUACUUCUUCAAAUUUCAUUCACGUUCCAAAGAUCCAAAAAUGGAAUCUGAUCUUGUCUCCGAGCAUCCUCCCUUCAUCAGGAUUUACAAAGACGGUCGCAUCGAGCGUCUCACCGGCACCGAAAUCAUUCCAACAUCACUAGACAAAACAAACGACGUCGUUUCAAAAGACGUACUAUACUCACCGGAGCAUAACCUCUCCGUCCGUCUCUUCCUCCCUCACAAAGCCACCGCCGGUACCAACAACAAGAAACUACCUAUUCUCAUCUACAUCCACGGCGGAGCUUGGAUCAUCGAGUCACCUUUCUCUCCCAUCUACCACAACUACGUAGCCGACGUCGUCAAAUCUGCUAACUGCCUCGCCGUAUCGAUCCAGUACCGCCGCGCGCCGGAGCAUCCGGUUCCGGCGUCGUAUGAGGAUUCAUGGUCUGCGAUUGAGUGGAUUUUCUCACACUCCGAUGGAUCUGGUCCUGAAGAUUGGAUCAACAAACACGCCGACUUCGGUAGAGUUUUCAUCGGCGGAGACAGCGCCGGCGCUAACAUGACUCAUCACAUGGCGAUGAGAGCCGGUAAGGAGAGGCUUGAUCCCAAGAUCAAAGGUAUUGUGGUUGUUCAUCCGGCUUUCUGGGGAACAGAUCCGGUCGACGAGCACGAUGUGCAAGACAGAGAGAUGAGAAGCGGAAUCGCUGAACUCUGGGAGAAGGUCGUGAGCCCUAACAGUGUUAAUGGGACGGAUGAUCCGUUGUUUAACGUGGUUGGAUCCGACUCGGAUCUUUCCGGGUUGGGAUGUGAGAAGGUUUUAGUUGCGGUGGCGGGGAAAGAUGUUUUUGUGCGGCAAGGUUUGGGGUACGCGGCGAAGCUAAAGAAGAGUGGGUGGAAAGGAGACGUGGAAGUUGUUGAGGAAGAAGAGGAGGGACAUGUGUUUCAUCUCCAAAACCCUCAUUCUGAGAAUGCUUCCAAGUUCUUCGAGAGAUUUGUCAAGUUUAUAACCACUCGUUGA